CCUACCCCUCUCUCUCGGAACACAAACGGUCGUUGGUCGAUUUCAAAAUUCGAAUAAGUUAUUGCUGUCCUUUUCUAGGGUUUAUGAUAGUGAGAGAGAGAUGGAGGAUAAACACAGUGAGGUGAUAGAUAUAUGUUCUCCUCCGUCGGAGGUGGAGGGGACCCCACUGAGACCCAUUUUCUGUCUCAAAAGAAAAACGGACAUGAAGGAAUUCGAAGAGAAAGAGGACUGUUUCAUCCUAGAUUUCGAUCCUGAUGACGCCAUUGACAUCCCCAAGCUCGCCGUCACCAGGGAUUUUGAUGAUUCCGAUUCCCCUGACCUCUCUGUCGUUGCUGAAAAGGGCCAGAUUGCGUGUAGAGAUUACCCACAUUCAAGGCAUGUAUGUGUGAAAUUUCCCUUUGAGAAGACGCCUCAUGAGAGCUACUGUGAACUGUGCUAUUGUUAUGUCUGUGAUUUGGCGGCGCCUUGCAAGUGCUGGUUGGGGCCUAGAGGGCAUUGCCAUGCAAUAGACAAUGAAGGUUGGAAACUUCAUAGGAGACUAAAAAAACAGUUGUUGAAUCAGUGAGGAGUCUUUAUCUUCUGAUUCUUCUUGAUUCUUUUUUUGUUCACCACUUCAGUUCUUUUGCGUUAUUGGCCGAGUUUCAUCUAGUAGUAUUUGGUGCACAAUUGUACAAAGCUGUGAAUGUUUUUGCUCUAUGUUGGGUCAAAUCGUGUUAGGGUUUAUUUUUUGGUUUAAUUAGUGAAAAGAUCAGCGCGAAAAAUGCAUGUAAGUGUUACUUGAUGUUGGCAAAUGAUAUAAUGAUACUUAUGAAAUGUGCAAAGGAUGGUGAAAUUUGAAAUUGCAUACA